AGCGGGAUCGGAAUGGGAAUGGAAUUUGAACCGGCAGCGCGCAUGCGUCAACCUCGUUCAUUCACUCGUCCGAAUCAUUCAUAAAUCCCGGAGUCCUACGCUUGUUCCUCCCGGUUAAUGAUAAAAGCGACCAGCGAACUGUGCGAAACGUUCCAAGUUACAUCAUUGCCUUAUUCCACGGAUUAAACGGGAAAAGUUACGUGACCACGUCACGAGCGUGAGAAAUAAUAGUUUGCAAUGUUGUUCCUUGGAAUCAAAGCACAAGUAACUUACAGGAUGUCCGUAGAUCGUUUCAAUAAUACGGCUUGAGAAGUUGCAUCAGAACACGUUUAUUAAACAUUAUCAAGGAUUCCAAACAGACCCCUCCUAACUUGACUUCAUUGAUAAAACGGCCAGCAGAUUUUAUUUUUAUAUAAUCCCCAUGAUGCGUCGCCUUCGGAUUCAGAUGUAAUUGACGCAUUGACCGCACACGCGUUUGGCUAGAUAUAGUGGGGAUAAAGGAAGUGCGGAUAUACCGGAUUCGAGGCCGGCGGAAAGUAGAGAAAGAAUGAAACUAGCCUUGUGUGUGGAACAACACGUAUCUAUGAAAUCAAUAGGAUCAUAAAUUUAAGAAGCUUGAAAUUAGAUCGGCCCCAUUGCUAAUCGAAUGCUGCACAUCUCCUGCAUUCGUAGCAACGGGUAAGGAAGAUGGUGCGCGCAACUGAGAAGCCAGUGGUGGGGGUAAAUCGCGGUUGGAGUGGGGAUAGGCGCACGCACACCUAUGCGCCGACGGAAUUCGGAAGAGCGGCAACUUCAGUGGCAUUCGUUUGCGGACCGCAACACGGUGCGGCUCGCGGUCAUAUCGUGCUUCUAUCCGAUUACUUCAACCCCUCGGAUGUCACUGCGUCUCAACCCUUGACACAGCACCGAUGAAGUGACAUAGAAUAUCGAAUCAUCCACGAUCGCGUCGACCGAGACAUUUUUCGAGAAUCGAUAAACACCGAGGAACAGAGGCUGACAAAAUUUCUCUGAAACUUUCUGGUGACGAUUCGCGAACUGUCCAGCUAUACACUUUUAAUCUACCAAAGAACAGUAUAUCAAACGGUAUUUCUAUCGCGUUCCUUCACGGCUAAACUCGUGGAAAGUGCUGUACGCUCCGGUUCACGGGUACACCAUUCAGAGGGACGGAACAAGUGAGAGGGGAAAAAAAAAGGGAGGAAGGAAAGAGAAGAGUCACGUUUUGCCGAAGAAAGGCGUGCACACGACCGAGCAUUUACGCUCUUCGUUGACGCACUCCGCACCGAUUCAUAUAUUUUUUUCUUUCCCCUCUGCGCAACGUUGAAUGGGAUGGCAUCGGUUCACGAGUAAUUAACGCGAACGUCGCUCGACGCGUGCCGGUAACUCGAUGAACAUUGCGCGGACAGUUUUGUUUUGAACGACAGUCGAUACGUCGCGGUUUGAACUGAAUACAUCGAGCAGCAAUAGUGAGCGAGUUCAAAAGGCGCCGGAACGGAUUGAAGUUGAAGGAAGCCGGACGCGUCUUGAACAUGAGGCUGAGAGGAACGCUCGUGUUGUUGGUCAUUGCCAGUGUUGUCUACAGUCAAAAUGCGACUGUGAUCACCAGCGACGGCCUUCAAGGGUACGACCCCCAGUUCAUGGUCGGCUGUUACUUUCCCGCGGAAUUUCAGGGUGAAUUCGUGACACAGGUGAGCGGAAAGGAAGCCGGUGACACGAGUAACGAGCCAAUUCAAUAUUCCACCAUCAACAUCACGUUUAACGCCAUACCUGUGUGGGGAUACUGUCACAGGAGGGUCGGUGAUAACGUGUUGCUAAUGGACAGAUACGGCGAUGGCGACUGUAUCCGAUGUUUCCGUUUAACGAGAAGAUCACGCAACGUUAUAGAAGUGUUUUCAGAAAAUCUGAACAGGUGUUACACAUCUGAAUCCACCGCCCUGUCUUCCUGUGAUAAAUUAAAUUCCACGUCCAUUUUAUACCGUACUAAAGAAAUUGGGAGUGUUUCUAUUAGCAACGAAUAUUGUCCUAUAAGUGGACAGUAUCAUUUCAAGUACAGUCUUAACAAUGGAUCUGAAAGAGCCAUUGAAUGCAACAGCUUCUCAUCUUCCUUUAACAAUUGCCCUGAUGGUUCUGUUUUGAGGCUGCAUUUUAAUCGCUGUACCUUUGAGUCUCACACAAAUUUAACGUUUAACUGCUUGGGCAAUUGGCCUGGUCCAAAUGGGUCCACCUAUUUCGCCCUUUUGGAUAAUAAUGCAAUUAGUGAAGGUAGACCACAAUACAGAUGCGGGCUAUUCCAUGUGGAUAACAAAAAAGGAAAAACGUACAUGGCACUCAGCAGUGAUUCAAGUUGUACACAAGAUUUAGAUAAUUCAACCAGUGGAUAUGAAACGCUGGUCCUUAGUAAAAUUCCGACUCAAAAGAAAAUGCCAAAUUAUGUAAAAACCCACGUGGCAACAUUCCCAAAAUGGGCACAAGGUUUGUGGGAAGAGUCUCUCAUAGUCAAUGGCACUAUGACAUUCACUGAUCUCAAUGGAUAUAACAGUUACACCUUUAUUACUGUAGAUUCAAAUGAAGAAACUGGUCGGUACAUUGUUUAUUCUAAAGAUCAAUGCGAACAAGCUGCCUAUGUGUGUUUAAUGAUGAGACAACGAAGUGAAAAUGUAUUGGAGUUCAGAAUAGGAAUGGUAUUAAGUCCAGUUUAUCAAUCUUAUUUGUGCGAUGACCCGAAUUUAGAUAAACCAGUUUGGAUGACACAAGCGCGAGUGGAACGUGUAGUUGAAUCUCCCUGUCCAAUUACUGGUCAGUAUAUGGGAAUGAUAACUGACUUAUCAGGAAUGUGUGCUGAAUUGAGUAGCAAUUGUAAUACUCGUGAAAUAAUGUAUUUUAAAGUUACCGACUGUGAGUCCGGUGAACUUUACGAAGAACGAACAUACUUAUGUCUGGGACAAUGGGAAGAGGAGGGUGUAAUGUAUACGUAUACUAUGAGAAACGAUACUAGUACUAACGAAUGUUUUGUCGGUUUAAUCGUGAAUGAUGAAGAAAUAUAUAUCAAAGAAGCUGGAGACCACUGCAUGAGAAAUAUUGAUCCCAAACAGGAAGGAAUGCGUCUUUAUAAAAAAGGUCAAUGUUAUGGAAAUUCUCCAAGUCCUGCACCAACUCCAAUGAAACCAAUUCAUCAUAAUCCAAUAAUGAGAAUUACAACCACGCCACGGUCUAGGAUAUCUGGUACUACCAGUAUAUCGGGAAAUAACAUUCCAUCCUUUGCCUUAAGCGCAGCAACUGCAUCCUAUGGUUUGGUAAUAUUUGUGACGGUAAUUACUUAUCUCAGAAAUAUUUAUGAGUAUGUUUGAAUGGCAAUUAACAACGAAUAAUGAACUAGUGAAUGAAUAUUUCUAUAGAACUGACAAAGUACCAUUAUUAUGAUACAAUAUGAAGCAGAAUAAUAACAGUAGACUUCUGUACGAGAGGUCUUAAAAAAUUGAUUUUAAAUCAUAUCAAAAUAUAUUUGAAACUAAUAAGAAACUAAAUUUUAUACAGGAAAUCUAUUUAGAAAGUGACUGUCAGAGCAAUGUGAAUAUUUUUUAAUUAUAUCUCUAUUAACAAAGAGUAUUAUGAUCUACUUUAUAUUUUAAAUAUAUUUACAGUCAAUAUUUUUGUAGAUACAUAAAUUUUUAGUAUUUUUUAUACUAUCACCAAACACUGCCUUGUAAGAUACAAGUAUAAUAGUAAACUGGAAACUGCAUUUUGCUAGGAGAAUCCAAAGAAACCAGUAUCCAAUAUUUUUUAAUUUUAAAUACAUCUUUUUCUACUUAUUUCAAUUUUAUAUUAAAUUAUUAAUAAUAUAUCUGCAAUGCAAUUACCGAUGUAAUACUAAUAAUAACAGUAGCAACUUUAUAACGUGCAACCGAAUUCGUGUUCAGUUUAAAUCAAUGAAAAUGACAAAAUUGAGUAAAUUAAAUAGAUAUAAUUAAUACUAUUAAUUGACUAAUGAGACUGAUCGAAUAAAGUACAUCAUACAAAGUGGCCGACUAUUAAUAAAAUAUUUGGUUAUCUCUUCUGCUGUUAGAAACAUUUUAAAAAUGUAAAAAUCACUUUUUUAAUAGCAAAGUAGGUAAUAAUGUUUUGUUUUUGGUAAUCUAUUAAUGACUGUGUCAAGUUACUUCUAAAGGAAUAUACGCCUCAAAUUAAUUAACGUAAGCACCUAAGAUCACUUUUAAAUUGUACUUAAGGAAAGAAGUUCUAUUUUCUACUGAAGUACAUAUUAAUACUUAAUAAUAGAUUUUAAAGUAAAAAGUAAACACAGGAUAAAUUAUGAAAAUAAUCUAUUUUACCAUAGACAGUUUUCGCAGUAAGCACAAAAUUUAUUUAAAGAAGCAAACAUUUGUGUAACAAGUAAUAAUUGUGUAACAAGUGUCAACAAAUUUAAUGUCAACAGUAGGAUUUUUAUAAAGUAUCGUGUGAAAUGAAACUUUUAUAAAAUACUUUUGUAACUUGUUUUUAUAUUUAUAUGUAAAUGUAUAUACAUAUGUAUUUAUACCUUCCUAUUCUUAUUUAGUAAUGUAUAAUAUCAAUUACAUAGUGAUAUUUGUAAUGUAGAUAGAUUUUUGAGUUAUACUGUGAAUAAAAUUAUUACAGAUUGCUCAGAUGCCAAACUUCGCUUGUGUUAGUUUUCCAAUUUGACUAUGUUUUAUUAAUAUGUGAUGAAAUAUAAAAUUAACUUGUUACAUCAAACAUUAUGUGAAGGUCAAUACAAAAUUAUGUUAUUUUACAUAUGUGUAAUUUAUAUUUCCAUCUUAUAACAUUCUAACAGAAGUGUUGAAGUUCACCAUAAUGUGUAUCAUAGUAUUCCUGU